GCGAAGAAGACGAAUUGGAUUAAUAUUAACAACAUAAACGUCGCGUAAUAUUAUAGAAAGUCUGUUUUACUCGCAAUAUUUUCAGCCCUCACAUUCAGAUGCCGCGAUGGAUGCGUUUUCCCCCCACUUUUAUUUCCCGGAAUAGUUCUUGAGUUUUAUGGGUCUUCUUUAUUUUGUAUUCCUGGUUAAGCGGUUUGGAUAAUGGAUGGAUGGAUGGAUGGAUGGUUAACUGUUGUCAGCCUGAUAGCAGCAUUUUGGACUGUCUUUUUUUAACAUUCCGUCUGCGUCGAGCUGCUGCCAAGAAAGAUGGACAAAAUGAAUACAAAGUGGCAAGACACUAAAGUAAAAAGAGCACACUCAAAGAAGAGAACAAGAGACAGUAUUGAAAGUCAUCAAACACCUGCCAAAAAAGGAGGAAGUGCAUCCUCAAAAAAUUGCCCAGACAACACAGAAAGGGGGACGUCCUUCGGAGGCAUGGCUAGUUUAAAGGCCGUUGAGUAUUGCAGUGACAGUGAAGAUUUCUUUGGGGAUUAUGACAGCAUCCUUAAUGACAGCUCUUUCUUGGCAAAGCUGGAUGAUGCAGAGCAGAAUGGUGUUCAUUAUUCCCCCAGCGCUGCCCCUUUGGACCAGCCAGACCCUAACUUUACAGCAUUACCGUCAUCAGGAGACAAUCACUGUCUAAAACUAUCGACAGAUAACAAACACUCAGAAGCCAUCGUUGAUGGGUUAAUCGAUGAAUCUUUUAAAGACAUCGAAGCCACUCAGUUUCAUUUUCAAGAGGAGGUUCUUGAAAAUGCAAAGCAAAUUCACUGGCUUAAAGAAAACAAGAUCUCUACACCUUGUAAAGUCACCGAGAGAGCCAUUAAUGAUGAAAUGGUCAAGCCUGCUGAACAUAAAUCUGAAAGACCUACUACCAGUAUUCCUCAGGAAAGGAGAAGUAUGAAAGAUCAGUUGAAGAGAGCAAUGAUUAGCAAUGCAGCAGCCCCUUCAUGUGUUUCCCGUACCAUAGUCCUAAAAGAGGCAGUGGUUGCGGAGGAGAUCAACGUUGCCAUGCAGGCUAUGGAAACUGUAUCACUGAAAGCAACCGACAUAGGCCCUUUUUUUGGACUUCCCACCAAAGUGAAGGACCUGAUAUGCAAACUUCGGGGAAUCAACAACUUAUAUGAUUGGCAGAAGACAUGUCUCAACCUGGACUGUGUUCAGGAAAGAAGGAAUCUAAUCUACUCCCUUCCCACCAGUGGAGGGAAGACGCUUGUUGCUGAAAUUCUCAUGUUUAGAGAGCUGCUAUGCAGGAAGAAAGAUUCUCUUUUUAUCUUGCCCUAUAUUUCAUUGGUGCAAGAGAAGGUGCGUGGGUUAGCAAGCUUUGGCCUGGAGCUGGACUUCAUGGUGGAGGAGUAUGCUGGCAGUAAAGGUAGAUUCCCUCCUGUGAAAAGAAGAAGCAAGAGGUCCCUGUACAUCGCUACAAUAGAGAAGGCACACAGCCUGGUUAAUUGUCUGAUAGAGACUAACAGGCUAGAUGAUAUAGGACUGGUGAUUGUUGAUGAGCUUCACAUGCUGGGCGAUGGUUCCAGAGGAGCUGUUGUUGAAAUGACUCUGGCCAAAAUUCUAUACGUGAGCACGGCUACACAGAUAAUUGGAAUGAGUGCCACACUAGGAAACAUCAAAGACCUUCAGAAGUUUCUGAAAGCUGAAAAUUACACCAGUGACUAUAGACCUGUCCAGCUGAGAGAAUAUGUUAAACUGAAAGACAGUAUCUAUGAGGUUGACCCCAAUGAGGAGGAGGUCUUAAGACUCUCACGAGUUCUAAGCUUCAAGUACUCCUCUUCAAUGCAAAAGAUGGAUCCAGAUCACCUUAUCGCCUUAGUGACAGAGAUCAUUCCAACCAAUUCAUGCCUGGUGUUCUGUUCCACAAAGAAGAAUUGUGAAAAUGUAGCAGGGAUGAUUUGCAAGUAUUUAAAAGAUGAGUUUCUCCUGCACAAGGAAAAAGAGAAGGCUGCUCUACUUAAAGAAUUGAGGGACAGUGGGAAUGGCACAAUAUGUCCAGUACUGCAGAAGAUUGUGCCUUAUGGUCUAGCCUAUCACCAUAGCGGGUUGACAAGUGAAGAAAGGAAGCUGGUGGAAGAGGCCUACAUGCAUGGAGUUCUGUGUCUUCUUACUUGUACCUCCACUCUAGCUGCAGGGAUCAACUUGCCUGCUCGCAGAGUGAUUCUACGUUCACCAUAUGUGGCCACAGAGUUCAUAAAGAGGAGCCAGUACAAGCAGAUGGUUGGAAGGGCUGGGCGGGCUGGUAUUGACAGUGUGGGAGAGAGCAUCCUCAUCCUACAAGAAAAGGACAAGUCUUUGGCCAAAAGCCUUCUGUGUGCCCCAGUGGAGAAAUGUUACAGCAACCUGAUGCAAGACAAUGGAAAGGGUGUUCUGAGUCUCAUCCUGUCACUUAUUGGUUUAAAUAUUGCAAGCUCUUUAGAACAGGUAAGGGAUUUCCUGUCUGGGACACUUCUUUGUGUCCAAGAAAGGCAGCUAUGUGUGGAACGGGAUCUGCGGGAGAUUUCAAAAGACUGCGUGGAGCUCCUUAAAGAGAAGGGUCUCAUCACAGUGUCCAGAGACACACAAGAUCCAAUUCUACAAGUCACCAAGUUAGGGAGAGCAACCUAUAAAGGUGCAGUGGACCUGUCCUAUUGUGAUAUGCUUUAUGAAGACCUGUCUAAGGGUCUGGAUGGACUGAUGCUUCACAGUUACCUCCAUCUGGUCUAUCUGGUCACGCCUUAUGACAUGAUCUCCCAGUGCAAGCCUGACUGGAUGAUAUACCUCAGACAGUUCAUCCUGUUGUCUGCUGCAGAGCAGAAGAUGUCUGCAGCAGUUGGAGUACCUGAGAGUUUUGUUGCCAGGAAAGCUGCUGGACAGACAGUAAGAAAGAAUGCAAAUAUGGUGGCUGUGAGACGUCUGUAUCUGGCCAUAGUCCUCUUCUCCUUGCUCAAUGAUACUAAUGUGUGGAGUACAGCAGAAAAGUUUCAGCUCAACCGAGGUUUCAUCCAGGCACUGCUAAACUCUUCUUCAGCCUUCUGUUCCUGUGUACUGCACUUCACGGAGGAACUUGAAGAGUUUUGGCCAUUCAAAACACUCCUGACAGAGUUGACCCACAGGCUAAGCUACUGCGUACAGGCAGAACUGAUCCCUCUAAUGGAGGUGGCUGGAGUCAUGAAGUUCCGAGCAAAGCAGCUAUACAAUGCUGGCUAUAAAACACUUGCUCACCUGGCCAAUGCUGACCCCAGUGUUCUUGCCAAAACCAUUGACAACCUCUACAAGAAACAAGCAAACCAAAUUGUGGCUUCUGCAAAAAUGCUUGUGAAUGAGAAGGCUGCAGCUCUUCAGGAAGAAGUGAAUGACUUGCUCAUGAUGCCAAAAGAUCUCCCUUUACCAUAAAAACAGAAUAAACUGUCCAAGUGCAUUGGGUAUUUAUUACAGAGAAGUUUUAUUCUCGUUAUUUAUCAGACUGUAAAGUACUCACUUAUUUGUCUUCCCACUUGAGAGCCAUAUUGAAUCAACCUGAUGUGUUUGACAGAAUUUUGUAAUGCUUUCCCCAAAGCACAGUGUAGAACAAAUGUUUCCAUGGGGAAAUUGGAAAAUGUUUGUCGCAGAUAAUUCUAUAUGAGCGUUAAAAUACGGAAUAUAUAAAUUCUGUAGAAAUGGAGAGAAAAGAGAAUGCCAAUUAUGAUUAAAGUAACAAUACAAGAAACAUUGAGCAAAACCACCUUGUGUCAAUG